GCAAUGGAAAAAAACGACCGCCGUCGUUUCUUCGCACCUUCGAGGCUCUCGCACUGCGUGAGAUGAUGGUAGUCCACAUCGUCCAGGAAACCGGAGCGGAAGCCGCGUACCAGUCCCUCCACGUAGCCGUGUUGGAUGUUGAACGUCGUGAUGUCUCCUGCCGCCACCACCAUGGUCUUGUAUUGCGUCUGCUCACGAUAAUUAUGUUCCCUUAAAUCUUUUUCCAAACGAAAUACAUCGUUUUGACCAAUCACAACGCAGUAAUGUCUUAGCCACACGUAGCCGAUCACUUUGACAUGUUGCGCUGCCGGCUGCAUGGAUCGAUCGCGGCGCGGCGAAGCUUCGCGACUGCUGCGCCUUCACGCGCAUGGGAGCCCAUUGAGGCCAAGUGGCAAAAGCACUGGGCGCAGCAGGAGCUACAGCCGCCUUCGCCCAAUAAGAAGGAGCCGUUCUACUGCCUCUCCAUGUUCCCGUAUCCGUCAGGUCAGCUGCACAUCGGUCAUGUGCGCGUCUACACCAUCAGCGACUGUAUGGCGCGUCUUAAGCGCAUGCAGGGCUACGAUGUGCUCCACCCCAUGGGAUGGGACGCCUUUGGGCUGCCGGCCGAGAACGCGGCUAUCGAGCGCGGCAUCUCGCCUGCCGACUGGACUGUGGCUAACAUUGCACAGGCCAAGAAGCAGCUCAAGGCACUGGGCAUCCGCUUCGACUGGGAUCGCGAGGUUACGACAUGCGCGCCAGACUACUACAAGUGGACGCAGUGGAUUUUCCUGCAAAUGUUCAACAAAGGACUCGCCUACCGCAAAGAGGCGCUCGUGAACUGGGACCCCGUGGACAAGACGGUGCUCGCCAAUGAGCAGGUGGAUGCCGAAGGAAGAUCCUGGCGCUCUGGCGCUAUCGUGGAGCAGCGCUCACUCAAUCAGUGGUUCUUACGCAUCACCGAGUACGGCGACCGACUACUGGAGGACCUUGAGAAGCUGACCAAGUGGCCGGACGCCGUUAAGCGUAUGCAGUCGUCGUGGAUCGGUCGAUCAGAGGGCUCACAAGUCGAGUUUCAGGUUGUAUUGGACGCGGGUGCACAGGCCAUCCCGUUGACGGUGUUCACCACGCGCGUUGACACUGUCUUCGGCGUUAGUUUCGUCUCAAUGGCUCCUGACAGCGUCGAGGUGGAAAAGCUUCUCACUCAUGUACCGGCAGCACAGCGUCCUGCUGUCGAUGCCUACGCCGCUGAGGUACGAGCUUUGAGCAAAGACGAUCGAGGCAAAGGUGAUACGACGGCUGGAGUGUUCACGGGGCUCUAUGCACGCCACCCGCUUACGGGUCGACAUGUACCGAUUUACUUGGCUGAGUACGUGCUGGCCCAUUAUGGGACCGGUGUAGUGAUGGGUGUACCUGCGCACGAUAGCCGAGAUUUGGCCUUCGCGCGUCACCACGACCUUGAGGUGCGCUCCGUGGUAGGAAGUAGCGAUGGGGUAGAGUGCAACGAGGAUGAAGUGUUUACCGAGCGUGGAGUGUUGCGCGACAGUGGUGAGUUCUCCGGUAUGACUUCGCAAGAGGCGACUGCAGCCAUUAAUGCUCGCCUAGAAGAUAAGCGAGUUGGUGGUGCAACGACUCAGUUCCGUCUGCGUGAUUGGCUUGUGUCCCGUCAACGAUACUGGGGUACACCCGUACCGAUCAUCCACUGUCCGUCGUGUGGCCCGGUUGGUGUUCCUUCCGAGCAAUUACCUGUCCAGCUACCGCCUGUGGGUGAGGACGUGGCUGAUGAUCUGCGUGGCAAGGGGAGUAGCGACUCUCCUCUUGCGCGUAUGGCUGGCUGGAGACACUGCAAAUGCCCACGCUGUGGUGGAGAAGCCGAGCGUGACACCGACACACUUGACACGUUUGUGGACAGCUCAUGGUACUACAUGCGCUACUGUGAUGCUCGCAACGACUCUGCUGCAUUCAAACCCGAGCACGCACAGACAUGGCUGAAGCGCACGGGUGUGGAUCUUUAUAUCGGUGGCAUCGAACACGCGAUCCUACACCUGCUGUACUCACGUUUUGUGACCAAGUUCAUGUUUGACCAAGGAUUCCUAGCCACUGACGAGCCGUUCGCGCAGCUCCUGGCUCAGGGUAUGGUGCUCGGCCGCACGCACAAGUCUCCUGGUUCGCUGAGACCACUGGCACCGAACGAAUACGAAGAGCUGACGGAGGAUGGCCGCAAGAUUAUUGUUGAAAAGAAGACUGGACUACCCGUAGUGACUCAGUGGGAAAAGAUGUCCAAGUCCAAAUACAACGGCGUGGAUCCUGAGCAGAUCCGUGCCCGCCACGGUGCCGAUGUGACGCGUCUCACCGUGCUCUUUAAGGCGCCACCCGCUCACGAGCUGGAGUGGGAUGAGACUGAUCUCGCUGGUCAAUCGCGCUGGCUGGCUCGCAUUUGGACGCUUUUGGAUGGAGCGUUGGCUCACCGGCGUCGAGGUGCGAGUGUUCCAACCGAUGGAGACGACGAGAAGGAGCUUCGUCAUGAGCUGCAUGGAACGAUCAAGCGUGUAACGGAGGCACUGAAUGACUUCCAAUCGUUCAACGUUGCUAUCGCCGAGCUGAUGAAGCUGUCGAACCUGCUGGGCGAGCGUCGCACUCAGCUACAGGGCUCUGCUGCUUACGAAGAAGCUCUGAAGGCGUUGGUCCAGAUGUUGGCCCCUUUGGCUCCCCACACUGCUGCUGAAAUGUUUCAAGCUCUGCACGACGGGGACGAAGCGGUAGAUGUGCACACUUACACAUGGCCAGCUUACAACCCAGCGUUGCUUGACCGUGCUCAAGUGAAGGUAGUGCUGCAGGUGCAAGGUAAACCACGCGAUACCAUUUUGGUGGAUCCUACUUUACUGGAGUCUCGAGAUUCGGAUGCCGUUUUGGCGCUGGCACUGGCCUCUCCUGCGGUUCAACGCCAUUUGCAGGGUCGCGACGUACGUAAAGCUAUCCUAGUCUCCCCGAAGAAACAAGGUGCUCAUGGACUGCUAAACAUUGUAGCAAAAUAAACGCCUGAACUAGAAAAGCCGUUGUUUUUUACGAGCGUGUUAGAUGAGGGUAGACAUUCGUACUCUACUACGGCUAUUGUUUGAAAUCAUGUGUUCGUCCGGGGGCGCGCUUGCAGAGCUAGGGAUGCAUAUCGGUACCACUAAACACGCAUCAAAUAAAUGCAAG